CUACGUUGAAUCAGCAUCUGACAUUUCCCGUCUCUGUCGAAGCAGUCAUCUCAUCUAUCACUCAUUCAUUCUUGCCGCAUGCAGUCGGCUGACUGCCGCACUAAUCGAGUCCAGCUCAGCACCAUCGACCCCACCCACCUUGUCACCUAUCUCUCUCAACAUCGCCCGCACCUCAUCUCUCUUUCUGUCUGUUUCCACCACGUCCCUAUCGACAGAGUCUCUUUCUCCCUCUCCCUCUCCCGCUUUGCCUCUCCCCUCUUUCCUCGUCCUGACACUGACAUGGCUGGAAGACGCUCGCGAGAUGCCGCUCCACAUCUCCUGCCAUUCGCUCUCCGUGUACCGCUGUCGCACAUGUGGAGAUGACAGCAGACGGGCAAUAGCCUGAGGCAACGAUGCUGACACAGGACCCACAGGCAGGAUCGACAGACUGACGGCAAGCUGCCUGAGGCGGGAGGGUGGGAGAGCGGCCAACGGUCCAGUGUCGCCAACGUUGGUUGCUGGGGCUGGGGAUGAGGGGGGCAGCAGCAGCCGUGCGGCCUCGUCUGUGAGAUUGGCAACGGUGGCGGCGUCAUGGUCGACCAACUUAAGCAGACCAGAGAAGCCCAAGAGUACGGCAGGGACCUGCUGGAUGGGCAUCAGCCUGAAAGCAUAGCAUGCAGACAGACCGGCCACACGCAUCGCACAACAAGGUGCCUUGCCUGUGCACUGCCCGGAGGAAGUGAAUGCAUCGCCUUACUGACUUCAUCCGUGUCGACCUGAGGUGGUUGGUGAGCUCGGAGGCCAGGCGGCCGGUGAAAUCCCGUGUUGAAGGACUUGCGUCGGCAGGGAGUACGGGUAGCGAUCCGAGCAGCUCCAGCAUCCUCGACACCUGCAGCGGCGAAAAGCUCCCCAUCCGGUCAAUAAAGCUUUGCAUCAGCUCCUGCUGCAGCCGCUGCAACGAGUCAUAGGACAGCGACGCCGAGUCGCCAUCGCGGUCGUCGCCCAUGUCGCGAGCAGAGAGAGGGUGUCGGAAAAACUGACUCAGCGCCCAUGUCAUGUGCACCAGCUCGAUGGCUGCCGCCUCAUCCACCCGCUGCCUCGCUGCAUCCGCCCACGUCCCCACCAGGUCGCCCAACACCGAUCUCUUGUUACACAGCGAUCCAUCCCUUGUCUGGCAGAAGCUCUGCACAAGAGACCCCAUUGCGUUGCCCAAGACGACAAUGCUGCGGGCUCGGAAAGCCGCUAGCGGGCGUCUCGUGGCGACGUGCUGAAGCACGGCCAUGAGCACCAUGGAUGUGAGGCCGGAUGUGGCGAGGACGGACGACAGCCGCUGGAGCGUGUGCGCGAGGAGGGAGAGGGAGGCCUCGUCGAAGUGCUGCAGGGUGGGGUCGCCGCCUUCCAGCAGGCCCACACAGAUGUCGUUGAUCAGCCGCAGGCUCUCCAGCCGCUCACCAGAGGCAGAUAAAGAGGCAGUGAUCGAGUCGGGCAAUGUCUCCGCCAGCGCCCACAAGAUGUACGUCAGCUGCACUGAGUCGAACGCACCCAGCCCCUGCUGACGAACGGCGUGCACGGCAGCCUCACGAACAGCCAGGGUCCCCUUCUGCAGAAGGUGAGUGUGCAGACCCUCAUCCAUCGGCAGAUCGAGUCCGUCGGCCUCAGGCGUGGACAGCGCCAGAGCUACCCAGGGGCUCUCCGUCGCCCGCAAAUACGACCUCCCCUUCUCCAGCUGCCCCAGAGCGAACAGCAGGUCGUGAAGGUCAUCCGGGUUGAACUGCCGGGCCAGCAGUGUCCGCAGGUUUGGCCCCUGGUCGGCCAUAGUGCUGAUGAUGCGAUCGAUGGAGUUCUCCAGCCCCUCCAGAGACAGCAGCGUCCUUGAUGGCGCCGCAGUGGUCAGUCCACGCCACUCCGGGGCGUCGGGAAAGUUGAGGAGGUGCUUGGCCCGGCUGACGAAGUAGGAUGUUAGGCUCUUGAGGCUUUGGGAGAGCUCCCGACGCCGCAUUGUGUGGAAGCUGGCCGAUAUGUGGGCCGCCAGCCGCGAUGCGGCGUCGUCGAGUUCCAUGAGGCAGAACUGUGCCUCCAUGAUGGUCGGGGGCUGGUCGUCGUCAGCCAACGGGAUGACGGUCUCACUGCCGCUUGUGAAGGACUCCAGCGACAUGUGAGAGGCUAUCGCCGAGAGGGCCCCAGCAAGGAAUGGGGUGGACUACACACACACACACACACACACAGAGAGAGAGAGAGAGCACACCUGUGAUGGCUGGCUGCUGGGGACCUCUCUCUGUGUCAGUCAGGUGUGUGCCUUUGGCUGGGCUCCACCUUGCUCUUGACAGCCUCCGGUGGCGGCAUCAAUACUAGGAUCGUAUUGGCAAAGCGCAUCCGCUCAGCAGCACCCAGACGCAGACUUGUGUCCCCCUGAUGCUGGGUGGCGUCAUCCGCCCCCUGCAGCAGCUUGCCGAGGGACAGCACGGUGCCCGCCCGAUGGUCUGCCGACCCCGCUAUCGGCCCCUGGCUGGUGGCCCACAGGUGGGCCAGAAGUCGCUGGCAAACACUCGGCGGGAGGACGGUCCCUGUGCGUGAGAAGGCCUGAAGAAUGAACCGCAUGUCCUGCCGUCAGUCAGUACCAAUCCAACCAAAAACACAGAAGCAUACUUAUUGAAUUCUGUUUUAGCUUUCAUUGGUUCGGUCCGUCGCUCACCAUGCCGGUGAAUGUCGUGAGGUCUCGCUGUCCGAGUGCCUCCACAGCGCUGCGAAAGAGCCGCUCGUGAACCAUCUCAAGCUGACCGACCAAUAAACAAACACGACAGACAGAAGCCAACCAUCCAUCCAUCCAUCCAUCCAAAACCUUCAACAAAUACGGUCCCGCUCCUCCCUUACAGUCGAGAAGCUCCACAGGCACGUGGCGAUCUCUCCGGCCGUCAGCUCUUCCAUGAGUGCCUCGGCCCGAUCACCCAGCACUAGAAAGGCAUCCGUCAGAUGUUCCUCGCUGAUUCGAUCUGACCCCUCCCCCUCCCCUUCGCCAGUCACGCGGGCCGCAUCGCGAGAGUUGAGAAUAAGUGGGAUAGGCGGCAGGAGGCUCGCCAAGGUCCACAGGAACUUGGCAACACCUUCUCGACCGAAGGACUCGACGACGCCGUUUGUCGCGACCUGACGGGCGGCUUCAUUUAUCAGGCACCUGAUCUCGGGGGCUGCGGGAAGAUUGGCCUCAGCCUUUAGACCCAUCUGAGGCAGGCCAGACAAAGGGUCCGUCGCAGACGUAUCAGUCUGUGUUGUGCGCAUUUUCCUAACCUUGGCACAGAAGUAGAGCACACCGAUGAUGGCCGCCGCGUCCCACACUCUGACACCACAACCACUGGACGAGGCACUCCCCCUCCGUGCCUGUGUGACCACCUCCCUCAGCAGCCCUUCCACUAUCAGAGCCACUUGCGGAUGCCGCUGCCGCGUCAUGGCCACGAAAGACCGUCUCUCAGGCCGCACCGUCUUCAGGCACAUCAGCAGCAGAUCGGGCGCCAGCGACGGAGUUGCGAACUCGCUCAUGUUGGCGGCAACGUGGUCCAUCAGAGCUGUCACCAGCUCCCUGUUCUUUGCCGUGUUGGGUGCACUUGCCGGUGCCGUCAGUCGUCUGAGCGACGCCAGAAUGGUGCGUGGCUGGAACUGGGCGAGCAGCUGGCUGUAGACGGGUGUUGGAACGCUGCAGAUGGUGUCAUCUGAAGCGAUGGCCGCCAGCAGAUCCACCAUCUGCCGUGGCGACAGCGUCGUCAAGCCGUUCCGGAGGGUGUCGCUGAUCUUGAAUGAGUCGCCAUUUCCACCGCUGGUGUUUAAACUCCUGCUGCACUCGUCCCGGAAUAGCUGCAGCACUUCUGGCACGAUUCGUUGCGCACGUGACGGCUCACGGCGAGGCUGCAUCUGGCUGCUCCUGAGGUCCACUGCUGAAUCGAGCUCUUGGCCCUUGGCGGAUUCAUCGAUGAGAGCCGCUGAGGCGCCUGCAUGCAGCUGAUGUAGCCGUCGUGGUUGCCUUGUUGCAGCUGGCUUGGGGAGCUGCGGCAAGCUGAACAAGAGAGAUUGCUGGGAGAGCGCCUCGGUGUGUAUUGGAGCCUCGAAAGCCGCUAUCAAGAGAAACAAGAGAGAGCAUUGUAGUCGAGAUCUACACAUCAGCCAGCAGAAUGGACAUUGGCUUGGCACCUCUGAUGCUCAGGCGGUCAUGCCUUGGACUCCUUUGCAUGCUCAGUGGACGUGUGAGCGGUGUGAAGCACGUCAAAGUCACAGAUCUUGGUCCUUCAAGAGAGAGCGGCUUCCCGGAAUGCACCCAUUCGGGAAAAGCAAAGCACUUUGCGUUUGCC